AGCAACGGGCGGAAGUUGAAAUAUUUCUACUUGACAGUAAAGGUAAGAAACGGCUACUGCUAUACUACAAUCGCAUUUUUGGUCUUUUUAAGAAAAGCGUAUAUGGUAGGUUCGUGUCCUGAACGCUAAGGAUAACGUUAGAUAGUUUACCCGUUACUUAAGCUGCUUAGUUAGCUCUAUGCGAGGCGGAGGAAUACUUUGGCAAAAGUUUUAGCUAACGAGAAGUUUGCAACAUUACAAAGAAGUUGAGAACAGCACAGGGGACCUUAUUAGACAACACAGGUGAUGGGCUAUUGACACUGUCAGCGCUCCCUCACCAUCAUUCCCUGACGAUCCAACGCUCAACAAAAAUAUCUGCAUACAGCUUCUGCCUUAUCAGUACACUGCAAGCUGAGUAAACUAUGGCAGAUUCUCAACAUCAAAGUCAAAGACAAGCUCAAAGGAAGUUAAAGCAUUCCACCAGACGUAAGAAAGGCAGAUGUAAGAACCUUACAGGCUCACUGAAUAAAGAGAGAUUUCGAGUGAACAUUGGAUCGGCUAUUGAAAGGUGGCGUGAACUGAAAGCAGAAAAUGGACUGCAAAGUGAUGCAGAAGUGGCCCUGAGACUGCUGGAUUUAAAAAUGAAGCGGUUGCCCUCCAGAUCUGCUUCGCCGGAAGCCAGCGACCAAAAGAUUAAAAUCUCCCAAUCUGAAGUGCAGACGCUGAUCGAGCAGGAGGUUCACUCAGCUGUGAAAAAGAAUGAAACCAAGCUGCAGGAUUUAAUAGAAACUAUUCAACAGCUGGAUCGUGCAGUCAACUUUGAAAGCUCAAUGCAAACACUGGAGGCUCGAAUUAACGUGGUAACAAAGAGAGCAGAAGAGGCUAUUGCCCACAUGACAAAGGCACAGAAAAAGAGACAACCAUCAUCUCUUGGUAAUGCCUCUGAGGAUGAAGCCAUGGAAACCACACAAUCAAACAAUGACAAAAAAAACUUGGACAAGAACAGGAAGUUCUGUAAAAUGGUGAAAACUACAAAAGAAGCACUGAAGAAGAUGGAGGCUGAUAAUGAAGCUUUGAAGGCUGCCAUAGCCGAUUUAAGUGAGACGCCUCCUCCGGUUCUUACCACUCACGACUCUCCUGAGUUGAAGCAUGUCAGGUUAAUAAAGAAAGAGCCAAACGAUGAGCAGGAAAUGAGGAGCAAAGUUGAGGAGGCCAAGCAGUCUGAGGAACCAAAACAUAAGAGGAUGAAAGUAGAACCUCUUUCUCCCAGUCCCAUGCACAAAAACGAGCACACACUCUUGUUUCCUCCUCUCCCUGACAAUACCUUCCCCUCCGUCCUGAGCAUGGAAGCGGCCUCAUACAACAUCCCCCACAGACCAGAAGUACAUUUGGCUCUCAUCAAGAACCCCCGUGCCAUCUCAGUGCUCUGGAACAUAAAUGACCAUGACAACUCUGCGCCGCCCAUGGAUUGUUACAUCAUUUACAUGACGAUGGAGAAGGUUAAGGGUAGCGGCAUCUUCCGGAAAUGGACUUCCCUUGGCGGGCUGAAGCCCCUCCCUAUGCCCAUGUGUGUGAUGGUGAAGAAGUACAAGCCCGGGCUAAAGGUGUGUGUGGCUGUGGUGGGCAAGGACAAGUUUGGCCGAUAUGGACCAUACAGCAAAAUUGUAACUGCAGCCAUACCAGAGGAUGAUAUUGAUUAAAGGGAGAGAAACACAAGCUACCUCAAGAAAAAAGUCAAGCACUGAAAUUGUACCCAAUACUGCCAUAAAUGCUAUCCACUGGUCCUACAGCAAUGUUUACAGUUCCAAUGGAUGCGGUGUUAAACGCCCUGUUUACAGCGCUCCAUUCUCCAUUGUUGUCUGCCACUCAUUCAGAAGUUGGUGAAGGUGUUUUGUUCACAUAAUGUUACAAAUGUAUAACGAAAUGUUUUUUUUAUUUUUUAAACGAACUAAUAAAGUUGACCUUACCUAAA